GCCAAAUAUAGAUCAGUACUUACCGUAGAUUGCCGAAACUUGGUCGUCUUUUAAAAGGUACCUGCCACUAAAUAUUUACCAAAGCUGCGAAACAUUUAAAACUCCUUGGAAAAAGUUUGAAGACUCAUUCUAGAGAAAACAAAAUGGCGUCAGCUUCAGUAAUGCUGGUCCAGCCUAAAGGCGAGCUGUGGGAGAGGAUCAGGGUGGAGCUGAAUGAGAAUGUCAACACGAGAGACCAGGAUCUGGCAGCUAUUAAGGAAUGGCUGAGGAAGCAGCCCCAUCUGCCGGAUGAGUGGGAGGACCGUUGCUUGCUGACCUUCCUGCGAGGCUGCAGCUUCUCCCUGGAGAAGUGCAAGAGGAAGCUAGACAUGUACUUCACCAUGAGAGCCGCCUGCCCAGAGUUCUUCACCAACAGGGACAUCACGAGGCCAGAGCUUAUGGACCUUAUGUCUAGAGCGCAAGGCCCCACAAUGCCCGGAUUGACACCAUCAGGAAAACGAGUGACUAUCUGCAGAGGCCUUGACAAGAACCUCGACACGCACCAACUGAACGACGCGUUCAAGAUCGCCAUGAUGAUAGGUGACGUCAGACUUAUGGAAGAGAUCGAAGGCGUGGCUGGUGACGUGUACAUUCUAGAUGCUUCUAUUGUCGCGCCCAGCCAUCUGGGGAAGAUUUCACCGUCAGCGCUGAAGAAGUUCUUCAUUUGUGUUCAGGAAGCAUACCCAAUCAAGUUGAAAGAAGUGCACGUGGUGAACGCUACACCGUUAAUAGAUGCUCUCUUCAAUAUCAUCAAGCCUUUCCUCAAGGAAAAGAUGAGGAAAAGGAUACACUUCCACAGCAGUUUCACAGCCCUUCAUGAGUACGUGCCGAAGGAGUUGCUCCCAGAAGAAUAUGGUGGCACUGGAUGUUCCCUUGAUGAGAUUAACAAUGCCUGGGUGAAGAAACUAGAAGAAUACAGAGACUGGUUCAAGAAACAGGAGUCCAUCAAGGCUGAUGAGGCUCUCAGACCUGGGAAACCAACGAAUUAUGAUGAACUCUUCGGCAUCGACGGAUCAUUCAGACAACUUUCUAUUGAUUAGGAUAGCUUUAGGACUAGUAUAAGUUAGGUUUAAACUUAUUUUUACUGGCGUUUAGGAUAAGCAGAAGAUGAGCUAUGAAUCAAUGGACUUAUGAUUACAUAGCUCAUCUUUUAUCAGUCUCUCUGAAAUUUUACCAAUUGCUUAUUAUGCUAUCUACAUGACAGAAUUAUGCUCACUUAUUGUAUUUGCUUAUUGACAUUAAUAAUGAAUCAUCUGCAAAGCCUUUCAAGUCUGACACCAGUCUUACCAAGGGGUAUUGGGUUGCCUGGGUUGAGGAGAUUAGAUAGAAUAUGACAAGAUGAUCAUCCGUCCACGGACCGACCUUCUGAUCUAUCGACCCGUGCGGCUGUUACUUUUCCACCAGCGUAUUGGAAUAUUAAACCUGAAACUGAUAUCAAAUUUUCAAAAACAUAAUUCUGGGGCAAUUGAGUGAAUAAAAAUAAUGUCCAUCUGUGUUAAAAUUUAAGUAUAACUGUUUGUAAUCUGUAUGCUUAUUAUAACUUAAUAAUAAAUGGUGUUUGUCUGUGAUAAAUUAAUUAAACCGUGACAUAA